AUGGAAGAAAGAUACAUCUACAGGCCCCUUGAUAGGGAUAAUGGCGAGAUCCGCCUCGUCAAACUCGAAAUGUCGGCGGAUGACGACGACAUCAGCUGCGAACUCUUGACAGUUCCGCUGGCUUCUGCUCCUCCCUAUGAAGCCCUCUCAUAUACAUGGGGAUCACCACUCAACAAACACAAGAUAUCAAUAGACGGCACACCUUUUCAAGUCACGGGAAAUCUCUUCGCCGCACUGCAACAUCUGCGAAAUCCAACAAGCCUACGCGAAAAUGUCCCCGUUCGCUACCAGGAAUCGCACCGUCUGCUGUGGAUCGAUGCUAUCUGCAUCAACCAGGAGGACAUUGAUGAGCGCAACUUCCAGGUCCGGCUCAUGUGGCAUAUUUAUGCUAUCGCGGGCCAGGUGUCUGUCUGGCUUGGCGAAGAGGCCGACGAUAGUGCAGUGGCGAUGGAGAUGAUAAGGCUUCUUGCGAAGAACUAUGAUAUUCAGGACACCUAUGCACCGAUGCAUCUACUGCUCAUGCUUCACGGCUCUUCCUUUGGCAACCACACCAACCCGCAGGAUCCGUCCGAGUGGGUUGCCGUGCAGAAGCUCCUUGAAAGACCCUGGUGGCGACGCGUCUGGGUGAUUCAAGAAGUGGCUGCUUCGAGGGAGCAUCCUGUCUGGGUUGGCUGUGGCGAGUCAUGGCUGCCGUGGGAUGCCUUCAUGGAAGCUGCUCUCGGCAUAGAGAACAUGAAAGGCCACCCUUUCUUUGAAAGAGUGAAUAGGCUGGGUGAGGGAACGAAAUGGAUUAUCGACAAGGCGACUUUAAAAGUUGCUCCCGAUGGGAAUCAAGAGCGCAGGGAUAACUGGGGUGGACUGGUGAACUAUCUUCACUUGACGAGAUCCUACAGCGCCACGGAUCCUCGUGACAAGGUAUUUGCACUCCUAGGCCUCGUACCUCGACUCGGCAUCAUCCCUGACUACAAAGAACCGGUGGAGCAAGUCUUUGGAAACCUGGUAAGGGAGAGCAUACGCGCGACCCAUUCCUUGAUGAUGCUCCUGCUGCAGCGAAAGCCACGCCGACUCACGCUUCCUUCGUGGGUACCGGAUCUCUCGACCGAGAUAGAUGGCGAGCUCGCGGAUGGAAAUAGCUGGCACAACAUGGGUAUCGGCACCGUCCCUUGCCGGCUUGUGGAAGAUGAUCCACCGAAUCAACUCACCGUCAGUGGGUUUAUAUACGAUAAACCACUGGUGUUGGCAGAGACGUGGACAUCAGGAAAGGACGAGCGGCAAUCUUCAGCAUACAAAGUCAUCCAAGACUAUUCCAAACUACUCGAAGAGACUGACGCCCAGCACUUCCCCCGCAAGCCAGGGAACCACCGCCAAGAAUGCUUCUGGCGGACCCUCAUCUGGAACGCCACAGAAGGGGAUCGAUACCCGGCACCUGAUACCUACGAAGCAGGCUUUCAACGAUUCAAAGGUGGCAACGACGUGCUCAUUAACUUGUCAAAUCCAUCCACGGAUGCAGCCGACCAUCAAAAGAUUGCGCCUGCAGACGAAGGGCGUGAAUUCUACAACGCUCUCGUGAGGCAUGCGCUGAACAGGCGCUUCUUUAUCACGACCAGGGGGAACUUGGGUUCUGGACCGGCGGAUAUGCGCGAGGGCGACCACAUUUGCGUGCUAUUGGGUUCCAAGGUGCCGGUGAUUUUGAGGGACGUCGAAGAGAGGCCCGGAUAUUAUGGGUAUGUCGGCCAUGCGUACGUGCAUGGAAUCAUGCAUGGGGAAGCGCUGGCGUUGUUGGACUCGGAGGCUGAUACGGACAGGGAUGGGUCGAGGUGGAUUGGGAUUCGGCCGAUUUGUUUGAUUUGAGUAUUAUUUGGUGUAGGGAUUUCAGUAUUAUGAGUGUUUGUCUCCGCGCGUCCCUCCUCGAACUCUCUACCACCGUAAGCUCUUCUUUUUAUUGAGCCGGGCACCACUCAGCAGUUAGGGUACCAGUCUGGACAUGGCAAUGACCACGGGUUACCAUUGCCGAUAGAGCGCCCGCAAGCGGGCAUAUUCUACUCACGAGGCCACGAUUUCAAGGUCUCGUCUUGAGCGGCUGCUGGACAGACAGCGUCGUCAACAAGAGCCAUCACAUACCGACUUCUAGGCGAGCUUAAACCAACCACAACACAUCAUUCAUGGUUCCCUCACUCAAACCAUUUCCGCAUCAGAUGGUUUAUAGUUCAAUUGCCAUAUCGAUUGAUUCAUUCAAC